ACAUUGAACCUUCCCAGCCUUUAACAGAUAUCAUUCUCUUUUCUUUCCACUUCGGGGACUUUUGGUUCCUGAAGCCUCUCCUGGCUGCCAGAGAAUGAUAUCAGCUACGCGGCGAUGGUUUCGCCGUAACAGGACUCCUAUAGCUGUUGGUGUUGGCGUCAUCGGCGCCGGCUACCUAGCUACCCAAUAUGUUCUAAACAAGAUCAAUGAUGCGCGCGAGCGUAUGAGCAGCGAUCGCAUCGCGAAGGAAAACCUUCGUCGACGAUUUGAGCAGAACCAGGAGGAUUGCACCUUCACAGUACUAGCCCUACUACCUACUGCUACUACGAAUAUCCUCGAGACGAUGAAUACCGAGAAGAUCACCUUAGAAAUUCAGCAGAUGAAGAGCAGUUCCAAGAGUUUGCGCAGCAGUGGGGAAAUUUCAGCCACACCGCCAAGUAUCGCCGACACCACCAUGACCGAGGAGGAAGGAAAGAGUGUAAUGAGCAUGCAAAGCGAGAGCGGCAUACACGCAAGCCAGAUGACUCUCCCCUCCGUAUCUAAUGCUGGGGAGGGCUCACAAGAUGGCGGCCAGGCCGUUCAACGACCCAGAAAAACGAAGAGACAAUUAUGGGAUGAUCUAACGAUAAGCUCAAUAACGCGCGCCUUUACUCUCAUAUAUACCCUAGCUCUCUUGACUAUGCUUACACGGAUUCAACUUAAUCUACUGGGACGACGAAGCUACCUAUCAAGCGUAGUGUCUCUCGCGACUGGCACCGCCCAAUCUACGAUAAAUCUUGAAAACAACGACGACGACAACCCAGAGCAUUCGUAUGGCAGUGACUUCGAGACGAACCGAAAGUACCUAACCUUCAGUUGGUGGUUAUUACACCGCGGCUGGGUCGAGAUCAUGGAGAACGUCGAAGCCACCGUUCGUGAAGUCUUUGGCCACCUAAGCCCCCGAGACCUCCUUAGCUUCGAUACCUUCUCGCAACUUACCUUCGAAGUGCGCAAGAAGAUGGAAGCUAAGAAGUCAAAUGAAGACGGCACCAAAUCGGGUGCUAAGUGGUUGCCAUACCUACUGCCACCAAACAAGAUGGAGGAUUUUGUGCUCAAGGAGUCUGGCGUUUUAGGGGACAGUGCCGCAGCUCCAGAUGCCUCGUCUACGUCGGGCUCGUCGGAGACAGCGCUCCGCCGCCUCCUUGACGAGACGUCUGACCUAAUAGAGUCACCAGCCUUUUCUCACGUUCUAACUCUACUCCUUGACGCCGGGUUCUCCACGCUCCUCUACAAGAAGGUCUUCCCAGGGGCGUUUGACCUACCAGCAUCUACUUUCAUCGGCACUCCAUCAGCCCAUCUAGGACAACUCGUAGGCCAACAGGCUGCCGCAACAGCAGCGGCUUCGAAGGUGGUCCUGCUUCCCAAGAUUCUAUCUGUAUUAACACGACAAGCCCACGCCAUCGGCAACGGCAUGCCAAACGAAUACCUACAGGAGAUGGAACAGGUGCGCGACCUCGAGGCCUUUGCAGCCGUCGUCUAUUCGAGCAACUGGGAGAACGAGAUCCAGGAUGAAGAGCUAGCCGCGGCAGCCGCGGGAGUAACGGCGAGAGCUACGGAAGACAAGACAGGAAGCAGCAGUCCGGGUCCAGAAGGUAGUCUUGUGGGUCGGUUCUCACAGACGUCUACGCUAGAGGGUGAAAGCAUGGUCGUGAUCGAUCCGUCGCAGUCGCAGCAGACACAUACUUCGUUCGAGACUGCCUGGGAGAGGGCGACAGACACGGCCGCAUGAUAAUGGCAGCACACGUACGGUUCUCGUCGGUAGUUCCCUGACUCUUAACGUAUUCAAACUUAGGUACUUUAAUGAAAUGAGAUAAGAUCUAAGGAGGGAGGGAGGGAUGGAGGGAGUAUAUAAGAUUUUUUUUUUAAAAAAAGAGUCUAUUCAAAUCAUGGCGUACUGUAAUACUGGGCUGUGGUUAGGAAAGCAGCUUUACAAUAGAAAGCAUAUCAGGUACUUUUUUUUUUUUUUUUUUUUUUUUGCUCGUCAUGGCCAUCAUACCUAGUAUCAAUCAUAUCAAGUCCGCAAGAGGACUCUCAACUCCUUGGGGAAGAGGUACUACUACUACAACUAUCAUGUGACACCACCUCUAAAUUCCAGCGUGAGCCUCGUCCCGGACUAGGUACGACUGGGUAAGAUAUCUAAGGUUAGUUAGCUUACAUGAGCCACUCCCCAGUGCGCUUGUAGCUUAGUUCAGGCUCGUUCGUCCUCGGCCG